ACUUGAUAAAUUUAAAAACCCAAAACCAGGAGGGUAAUAGCUAGUUGGAUUGAGAGCCUCCGUUUCUUUCUGUCUCUCUCUCAUGCGUUUCUUCCAGAGUUAAAAUCUGUUUUUUUUUUUUAUUCUCUAAAUCCGAGGGAUAGAAGAGAAAUGGCAUCUGGGUUUUCCGGCGGGGGUUCGGAUUUUUACGGCGGAAUGGCUGGGAGAUCUAUGGCGCACAUGGGGGCUAUGGGCAAUAACCAGACGGCGGCGGCGGGGAGUUACAGAACGCAAAUUCCUGGCAUGUUUAUGGACUCAACGGCGCAGAUCGUGAACCAAGGUGCAACUGGCUUUGUAGGGAAGAGACCGCUUGAAGACUUCCAUGCGCAGCACCAGAACCACCCUUCUUUCAACGCGCUCUUCCGCCGGUCUGUUAAGCCUAGGAUGGAACAGCACGCCUUGUCUGUUUCGCCACUUUCUCCUAUGGAUAUCCCUACGCUGGCAAGGAAUUUUUGCUCACCUGCUUCCUCUGCUUCCAUGUCGCAGCGAUAUGGGCCUUCACUUCUGCAGCAAUUGAGGCCGCAGACCGUUUCUUUGGGUGGGUCUAUGCCCACAGCUCAGCCGAAUGCUUUAACGGGGCUUACGUAUAUGAACCCGAGUCAAAUACGGGUUUCGCCGCAGGAUACAGAGAAGAAGAUGAUGAAUCAGCUUCAGGAGCUGGAGAAACAGCUGUUGGACGACAACGACCAGGAGGGGGAUGCCGUCUCGGUGAUUACCAAUGCUAACAGCGAGUGGUCCGAGACCAUACAGAGCCUGAUAAGCUCCAGUCCGCAGUCAAUUUCGCCAUCGUCCACUUCUUCCACUACGUCCACGUCUUCCUUCUCACCAGCGGUGGCUUCUCCUGCUACGAGCUGCUCAAAGCAGACAUUAAUGGAGGCUGCAUCAGCAAUUUCGGAGGGGAAAAUGGACGUAUUUUACGAGAUCUCUGCGCGAUUGGCUCAGUUUGCGAACCCGAAAGGUAAUACGGAGCAGAGGCUGAUACAGUACUUGACCUCGGCUUUGAAAUCAAAAGUUAACCCGGUUGAAAACCAGCCAGUGGUUGCGGAGUACAGGGCGACCCAGUCUCUUUACGAUCUGUCUAUGUGCUUCCAGCUUGGUUUCAUGGCUGCCAAUCGUGCUAUUCUCGAGGCCACCCUCGACGGGCAGUCGAACUCUUACAAAUUCCAUGUAAUCGAUUUUGAUAUCGGCAAAGGAUUGCAGUACAAAAAUCUUCUUUACGAGCUCUCCAAGCGCCGGAACGGAAAGCCGGCAAUGGUGAAAAUCACCGCCGUCGCUGAUAAUGGUGGCGGUGAGCGGUUUAGAUCAAUUGGUGAGGAGUUGAGUCUACUCGGUGAGAGAAUUGGGAUUUCCUUGAAGUUCAAAGUCGUGGGGUGUCCGAAACUCAUCGAUCUAUCUCGGGAGUCACUCGGUUGCGAACCAGACGAGACACUUGCUGUGAAUUUCGCAUUCACGUUGUACCGAAUGCCGGACGAGAGCGUGUCAACUGAAAAUCCCAGAGACGAGCUUCUCCGGCGAGUGAAAGGCCUAGCUCCGCGGGUAGUCACAUUGGUAGAGCAAGAAAUGAACACUAACACCGCGCCGUUCGUGGCGCGGGUGGGGGAAGUAACUGCGUACUACGCCGCGCUGCUUGAGUCAAUUGACUCGAUCGUGGCGAGAGAACAAUCUGAGAGAGGAAAAGUAGAGGAGGUAGUGAGUCGCAGAAUCGCGAACUCGGUUGCGUGCGAGGGUCUGGACCGCAUUGAAAGAUGCGAGGUAUUUGGGAAGUGGCGGGCCCGGAUGGGCAUGGCUGGGUUCGAGUUAAAGCCACUGAGUCAAAACGUGGCCGAGUCAAUUAAAAGCGGACUCAGCGCCGGCAACCGUGUGAAUCCGGGUUUCACCGUCAAAGAAGAGAAAGGCGGCAUUUGCUGUGGUUGGAUGGGUCGGACUCUCACCGUCGCAUCUGCUUGGCGUUAACUUCAUUUUCACUCCCAAAAUAUUGUCAUUAAUUAAUUGUUAAUUUUAUUCUGUAACGUUUUUAUAAAAUUAGAAAGGGAAAGCAAGAAAAAGGGAAAACCCCACCAAACCAAAUAAUAAAAAGUUAGUGUUUGGACUCUAAGAAAAUUCUGUGGUGAUCUAUUAUUUCCUUUGUGGAUAGCUCUAUAUUCAUAUUCGGCAAUUCUAAAAAGU